UAAUCGAAGCAAAAAACAACAUGGUGAAAACAAAAACGAAUCAAAACAAUCAAAAACAUAUCACAAUCAUGUUUUGUUGUUUUCCCCCACUCAACUGAUUUCGUUUAGUUUUUUUUUGUUAUCAAGUAAUGUAAGUAAAAACAGUUUUAGAGUCGAUUGAUUGUUGUAAAAAUUGUUGUAGUAGAUAACGCAUCAAUUAUCUUAUCUAUUUAGCGAAACAUUUCCAGUAAAAAUCUACGUUUUUAACUAAAACAUAACCCUAAAAUAACAUUUUACGAGUUUUCAACACACAUCAGCAAUUUUUCUUUGCUAUAAAUAAAUAAACCGGCUUAUUCAUCGUUAAAUUUCACUCAAAAAUCGGUGCCUACACGUUUCAUCUGCCCAAAACAAAAUAAAAAUGUUAGACCUUGAAGUAUUAGAAAAUCUUCGUUGUAGCACUUGCCAUAACUUCCUUUGUGUUCCACCAAUCUAUAGUUAUGGAGGUGAACAAAAUAUAUGCGGAAGAUGUCCAAUAAAAGAAGAAUUUGCACCACAACGUGCGAUUUUAUACGAAACGGUGAUUAAAAAUCUCGAAUUUCCUUGUCAAUUUGAAAUGAGGGGAUGUCCAGAAAAGAUAAUACCCGAAGCUAUGGAAGCACACGAAUUAAUAUGUUCAUUUCGACCAAUUUAUUGCCCACAAAUUGAGAAAUGUGAGUUUCAAGGUGCUGUCGAAGAGAUUUCUACUCACUUCGAAGAUGAACAUCCUGAUGGAAUCUUUAAAAAUGUCGAAAUUGAUGUGGUUAAUUCAUAUGAAAGAAAUUAUAUUUUUUGGGAAGGAAAUGAUACAUUUGUGAUUGCUUUAAAAUGCAUAACUGAUGUUGAUGAGAAACUAUUUGUUCAAGUUAAAUAUUUAAAUAAUGAAAAAUCAGCUGGAAACUUUAAUUUUAAUUUACAGUUUACAAAUAAACACAAAGAUUUUUUUAAUAUCACCGGGAAAGUUGUUUACUCAGAAAAAAAAUCAAUUGAAGCACAAAAAGAUUAUGAAACAAUAUUAAUAAAGGAUCUGUUAACCAAUUUAAAUCACCCAGCAAUUAUUUUUUCAAAUAUAAAAAUGAUUAGAAGUCGUCCCUCGGUUCAACGAGUAGUCUCACAAAUUGAGUCAAAUUUAUUGUUAGCUAUUGAAUGUCCGGUUUGUUUUUGCCAUAUGACUCCACCUAUUUUACAAUGCACGAGAGGACAUAGUUUUUGUAAACCUUGUCAUGCGAAAUUGGACAUUUGUCCAAUUUGUCGCCAAUCAAUGUCGGAUACUCAAAACUUUUUAUUAGAAAAUCUUACCUUAAAAAUUGAUUAUCCAUGUAAAUUUCAACAAUUUAAUUGCCAAUUUUACGGGAGCGUCGAUAAAAUACACCAUCAUGAAAAGAUCUGUUCUUAUCAACCGACUUCGUGUAUUUUAAACGAUUGCGAUUGGAACAACACUUUCCCCCAUCUUUUAGAACAUUUAAAAACGUCUCACCACGAUGAAUUCUUAGAUGUAACAACAAUAACAUAUUUUGUUGAUCUUCAAACUGAAGAACCCUACAAUUAUGUGAUUAGUAAAUUUGGAAAUAUUUUUAAGGUUGUUUUUAAAGAAGACCAAGAUUGUUAUAAAUGGUGUUUACAAUUAAUCGGACCGGAUGUUGAUCCAUCCAUGUUCGUUUUGGAACUAGAUAUUAAAUCUGCUGUUAAUUUCGAAAGAGUUUAUUAUAAGAAAAAAUGUAAUCCCCCGAUUACGAUUGGCGAAGAAUUUAUUGAUAGAGAUUCGUAUGUUAAACUUAAUAAAGCAGUUCUCAAGGGAAUGAUUGUGGACAACUUGUUGAUUUAUUAUUGUAAUGUUGCUCAAAUAUAAGGCUUCUUUGAUAAGUUGUGCCAAUUAGUUAAUAGAAUGUGAUUUAUUUCAACCACUUUUGAUAAAUAAAAACUUGUUUUGAAAUUUU